AUGAAUGAUAAUGAGAAACAGGAAUAAUCAUAAAAGUUGAUUAGUAAUAAUUAAAAAUCCUGGCAUAAUACCAAUGUUAGAUGGAUAGCAUUGAUAUUGGCAUGUCUUUUUUAAUUUGGAAGUUAUUUCAGCACAGAUUAUCCUUCAGUUUUGGCAGAAGAAAUUAAAGAUAGCUUCGACAAAAGUUAGUCAGAUGUGAAUCUCCUCUAUACUUAUUACUCAAUGCCCAAUGUGAUUUUGCCUCUAUUAGGAGGAUUAUUCAUUGAUGCAAUUGGAAUCAGACUUGCUAUGGUUGGUUUCUUUGCUAUCCUAAUAGUGGGUUAAUUUCUUUGCUAUAUUUCAGCAGUCUCUGGUAACUUUACAGUAAUGCUAAUUGGUAGAUUAGUCUUUGGAUUAGGCGGUGAAAACUGUGUUGUAGCUUAAUCAUAUAUUGUGAGUAAAUGGUUUUUUGGAAGUGAAUUAGCAUUUGCAUUGGGUUUGAAUAUUACAUUUGCAAGACUCGGGUCUGUGUUAGGAGCAAUUUUGUUAGGAAAAACAUAUAUUUGGUUUGGAGAUAGUUUGUCUGCAUCUAUGUUUUUUUGUUUGGCUCUGCUAAUCUUGGCAUGGGUGGAUGCUAUCAUUCUCGCUUUACUAGAUAAAUAUUCUGAUAAAAGAGACAAAGUGGAAGCCAAAAUUGAAGGAGAUAAAAUAAAAUUAAGUGAUAUCAAAGAAUUUAAGUUGGAUUUUCAUCUUCUAACUCUCAGUUGUCUCACUUGCUACUCGGCAUUCUUUUUAUUUUAAUACAAUAAUGUUGAAAUGUUCAAACAUAUAUAUCAUAUGAGCUCAAAUUAAGCCAAUAAUGUCUAUAGUAUCCCAUACUACUCAGCUGCAAUCUUAACUCCCAUAUUUGGAUAUGUAAUUGACAAAUUUGGUAGAAGAACUCAUCUAUUAGUUUUAUGUGGUGGCUUAUUAGUGUUAGUAAAUCUUAUAUUUGUGUCAAUCGUUUGCGAUGAACAAGAAGUUUGUCUUACUGCACCAAUUUUAGGAUAAAUCCUAAAUGGAAUCUAUUACUCCUUAUAUGCUGCAGUGAUGUGGCCUUGUGUUCCUUUAUGUGUACCUGAAAGAGCUGUGGGAACAGCAUUUGGAGUUGUGAAUGCUGUCUAGAACAUUGGUUUAACAGUGUUCCCAGUUAUAGUCGGUCAUUUGAUUUCAGAUGAAACCCCAGCAGCCUACAGACAUAUGAUGUUAUUCUUGGGCAGUACUGCCAUUAUUGGGUUGAUUAGUAACAUUGGAUUGUGGUUUGUUGAUAAAUAAAACGGAGGUAAGAUGGCCAAACCUAGUCUCAAAGAUAAUACCGAAGUCUAAGAUUUAAACAUUCAACAACAGGAAAGUGAUACUCCAAAUUCUGAACCUAAAGUAGAUUGA